UCGGCCGCCAGCACUAAAGAUGGAGAGGCGCCGGGGCCUCGCAGGGGAGGGGGCUCGGCGUUGACGUGGGACGCGGCGGAGGCGCCGCAGCCGGUGGUGAUUUGCUAACCUAGCGGCAGAGAGGAGUUAAGGGUGAUGAGAGCGGGUACUGCGAACUGCCGGGCGAUGCCGCCGCUGCCGCCGUGAGAUCCGGAGCAACAGUUCCCCAGCAACACCCCUUCCCCGAUCCAGGCACACCCCUAACCCCCCAGGCACGCACACCCACCCCAAGCUCCAGGCUCCUGCAAGCGUCCCCUCUGCUGGCCCCGAAGUCUACCCUGCCCCACUUUGCAGAGCAGAGAAGGAAAGAGAGCCCCAUGCCUGAGCCCAGGGACGCAUCAUGGAUCUGACAAAGAUGGGUAUGAUCCAGCUGCAGAACCCUAGCCACCCCACGGGGCUGCUGUGCAAGGCCAAUCAGAUGCGGCUGGCCGGGACUCUGUGCGAUGUGGUCAUCAUGGUGGACAGCCAGGAGUUCCAUGCCCACCGGACGGUGCUAGCGUGCACCAGCAAGAUGUUCGAGAUCCUCUUCCACCGGAACAGCCAGCACUAUACUCUGGACUUCCUCUCGCCAAAAACCUUCCAGCAGAUCCUGGAGUACGCCUACACGGCCACACUGCAAGCCAAGGCAGAGGACCUGGAUGACCUGCUGUAUGCCGCUGAGAUCCUGGAGAUCGAGUACCUGGAGGAGCAGUGCCUGAAGAUCCUGGAGACCAUCCAGGCAUCUGAUGACAAUGACACAGAGGCCACCAUGGCUGAUGGUGGGGGCGAAGAAGAAGAGGACCGUAAGGCUCGAUACCUCAAGAACAUCUUCAUCUCGAAGCAUUCCAGCGAGGAGAGUGGCUAUGCCAGUGUGGCUGGGCAGAGCCUACCCGGGCCCAUGGUAGACCAGAGCCCCUCGGUCUCCACCUCUUUUGGCUUCUCAGCCAUGAGUCCUACCAAGGCAGCAGUGGAUAGCUUGAUGACCAUAGGACAGUCACUCCUGCAAGGAACUCUUCAGCCGCCCGCAGGGCCUGAGGAGCCCACGCUGGCAGGGGCUGGGCGGCACCCUGGGGUGGCUGAGGUGAAGAUGGAGAUGAUGCAGAUAGAUGAAGCCCCUGGCCAGGACAGCCCCGUGGCAGCGGAGUCUAGCAUCUCAGGAGGGUUAGGGGAUAAGCUUGAAGAGAGGAGCAAAGAGGGGCCUGGGACCCCCACUCGAGGCAGUGUCAUCACCAGUGCCAGGGAGCUGCAUUAUGGGAGAGAGGAGAGCGGUGAGCAGCUCUCCCCUCCUGUUGAAGCUGGCCAGGGUCCGCCUGGGCGGCAGGAGUCCCUGGCACCCCCAGUGGAGAAGCAUUUGGGCAUCUACUCGGUGUUGCCCAACCACAAGGCCGACGCCGUGUUGAGCAUGCCGUCUUCAGUGACAUCUGGUCUCCACAUGCAGCCCGCCCUGGCAGUCUCCAUGGACUUCAGCACCUAUGGGGGUCUGCUGCCUCAGGGGUUCAUCCAGAGGGAGCUUUUCAGCAAGCUGGGUGAGCUGGCCGUGGGCAUGAAGGCUGAGAGCCGUCCUCUGGGGGAGCAGUGCAGCGUGUGUGGAGUCGAACUUCCAGACAACGAGGCCGUGGAACAGCACAGGAAGCUGCACAGUGGGAUGAAGACAUACGGGUGUGAACUCUGCGGAAAACGGUUCCUGGACAGUUUGCGACUGAGAAUGCAUUUACUGGCUCAUUCAGCGGGUGCCAAAGCCUUUGUGUGUGAUCAGUGUGGUGCCCAGUUCUCAAAGGAGGAUGCGCUGGAGACACACAGACAGACCCAUACUGGCACGGACAUGGCUGUCUUCUGUCUGCUGUGUGGGAAGCGCUUUCAGGCACAGAGUGCACUCCAGCAGCACAUGGAGGUCCACGCAGGCGUGCGCAGCUAUAUCUGCAGCGAGUGCAACCGCACCUUCCCUAGCCACACGGCUCUCAAACGCCACCUUCGCUCACACACAGGCGACCACCCAUACGAGUGUGAGUUCUGUGGCAGCUGCUUCCGGGAUGAGAGCACACUGAAGAGCCACAAGCGCAUCCACACGGGGGAGAAGCCCUACGAGUGCAAUGGCUGCGGCAAGAAGUUCAGCCUCAAGCACCAGUUGGAGACGCACUACAGGGUUCACACAGGUGAGAAGCCCUUCGAGUGCAAACUUUGCCACCAGCGCUCCCGAGACUACUCAGCCAUGAUCAAGCACCUGAGAACGCACAACGGUGCCUCGCCAUACCAGUGUACCAUCUGCACCGAAUACUGCCCCAGCCUCUCCUCCAUGCAGAAACACAUGAAGGGCCACAAGCCAGAGGAGAUCCCACCUGACUGGAGGAUAGAGAAGACGUACCUCUACCUGUGUUAUGUGUGAAUGGGGGGAGGGUGCAUGCCUCCCCCCAACACACGGUAGAGCAGCGGCAGGAGCCAGCAAAGGCGAGCUAGAACCAGACAAAGUGGAAAGACUGCAGAGAAAAGAAUAACGGAAAAGAAAAUGGGGGGAAUAGAAAAGAGAGAGAGAAGAAGGAAACCUGGUGUAGUUACUUGGAUUAUUUCCUGGGGCUCCAGGUGAUCUGGCUGUCAAACCACUGCUCCUUCCCUGGGGUCUCUGCCCUCCUUGGUUCUUUUGGGUGGGUGGGGUGGGUUUGCUCAUUCACACAGGGGCAUAUUUUCCUCCUCUCUACAACCUAGAACUUCCCUUUUGUGUCCAGAAAUGGAGACCAGGAAGCAGAUGUGAGGAUCUCUGGUCAGAGCCAUGGCCUCUGCUCUUACAUCUCCUUUCCCUUCUUCUGAAGAGGACAGGAGGGAAGCAGAGAGGGGAGGCAGAGAUGCUAGGGGGGGCAUCCCUGGUUGAUGCUCGGAGUGGCAGCUCUGGCAUAAUGGGGGUGGAGUGGGAAGGGAAAGGCUUUCUGCUCUGUCCAGCUACAGCGGCGCCCCUCGCGGUCUCUGAGUCCUGUGACUCUCUCCUCUCCUCGCUCUUCAGCUUCUUGCCCCUGCUUUUGAUGGCUGUUCUCUGGUCACAAGGGGCUUACACCAUCUGUGGAUCUGAACUGUAUCUUCCUUAGGCUCCUCCUAGGGAAAGCUGCGUCAGAUUCCAAAACCAACCUUCCUCCUUCCUUCCUUCCUUCC